AUGACGUCGUCGACCGUCGAUUUUCGCCGGGGACGUCUGCCACGGUGGCCGGGAACGUCGAGGCGGUCGCCGAUGCUCAGCGCGCUCUUACUGCUCUCCGUGACGUCACCGACCCGCCAGCUGCCGGCCCAGCUCAGCGUUCGGAUGUGCGCCGACGGUAAUCCCGGGGACGGGCGCGGAGAUCGUGACGUUUGCGAGACGAACGGUUGCGUGCAGUCCGCGGCGUCCGUGUUGGCCAACAUGGACGACACGGUAGGGCCGUGCGACGAUUUUUACCGGUUCGCGUGCGGCAAGUUCACCAGGGACGCGCACAUCGACGACGACCAGACGUCGCGGACCACGUACUCGGCGGUCAACGACAAAAUCGUGGAAAAGUUGCACCGGCUGCUAGAGUCGCCGCGGUGCGGACAGGAGCCGCGGCACGUGGCGCUCGUCAAACGGCUGUACGGCAUGUGCAUGGACGUGCGCAGGCUGAACGAGAGGGGCGUCGGCCCGCUGCUGGACCUGAUCGCCGGUGUCGGCGGCUGGCCGCUACUGAACGGCGACCUGUGGAACGGCGACGGGUUCCGGUGGACCGACACCGUCUACAGGUUCCGCGAGCUGGGCCUGGGCGUCGACUACUUCGUCGAACUGUCCGUCAAGGUGGACCGCAUGCACACGUCCGAGUACAUCGUCGAACUGGACCACGCGGUCCCGUCGUUCAGCCCGCUGUACCUGAGGCGCGGGCUCGGUGACAAGAAGGUGAACAGCUACUACCGGUACAUGGUGAACGUGGCGGUCGCGCUGGGCGCCAACAGGACCCGGGCCGAAGCCGAGCUGCGGCGGUCGCUCGAGUUCGAGGUCUGUCUGGCCAGGAUAUCGCAGGUACGCGAACCGCGGGUCACAACGACGCUUUUUUUUUUCGCCGAACCUAUAACACCGCGUACCGCCGUUAAAAAACGGAAAAAAAAAGAAAAAGGUCCGUAACCGUACCCUUUCCCUCUCCCCCACCCCACGGGGAAGCGCGUUCGGACCGGCAACGUUAUUCGGGGCCCGUUCCGACUAAGAUUUGUUCGGACCCGUUCGGACCGAUUUCACACUCGUAAAUGAUGCACGCAAAGCGUUCUAUUAAAGCUUGCACGUCAAACCGCGGCCAAUGAUUCGUAAAAACCGAGUUUCGACAUUUCGGUUUCGCGUGAAAUAUCUGCGUGCCGAUUCGAUUGUUAAAAUGACCUUAAGUCCGCAGUUACAUUAAAUAAGAGGCGUGUUCAAAGAGAUCUCGCAGGACGGUUUGAAUUGCGCGCCGACGGAGCGUCCGAGAGCGGCAGUACUGAAAUCACUGGUAUCUGUGAUUUCUCAUCGGGAUACGUCUGUGUUUGCCGAUUCUCUGCGACUUUCUCGGUUUCGAUAUGACCGACGUUUUUGCAAAUUACGUUUUUCGUAUCUGACGAUUUUCACAGUGGAUACUAAAUAACAACUUGACAAGCUUUUGGGGGGGUGGGAGAAAUUCUCUUUCAUUCUGAUGAUUGUAUAAUGAUACAGAUUAUGAUCAUUAUUAUUGUGAUAAGGCGUCAAAAAGUUUUGAUUGUCAUUUAUCAUGCCGAAAUGUUCCCGACCUUCCCUGAAAUUAUUGUUAUUGUUUAUGAUCCACCGCAUUCUCGAGACAGACUUACACACGGCGCACGCGCAAUUGUUUAGUUACGAUUUGUCAGCGUAAGCCAUGUGAAACAACGUCGCGUUCCUCUAACCGACCGAGAUUAUGUUAACGAAACGGAAUGAAAAAUCCCCUCCGAUCGACUAGCAACUCGCCUCUUCCCGAAAACCACUUCUUUUGAAUAAAUAACGAAACCGCCGUAAUACGAAAAAAACGUUUUACGAAAACAGCGAUGAUGCCGAAACAACGAAGGCCGUAGACAAAAUACACAAGUAGAUGUGCUCAGAAGAAACCACGGAAUAUCAAAAUAGUGAUAUCAAAACCUACUGCACUUGGACGUACCGUUGGCGCGCAGUUCCGAACAGCCCUGCGAGUUCUUGAACACGCCUCGUAUACACGCAAUACACGUGUAGUGUUUUGUAGUUCUGCGUAGACAGUAUGGUUAGGUUGGGUUAUUUAUUUCAAAUGAACAAUAAUCACUUGCGUGUUUUCAUCUUUAAACAAGCCGUGCAAUUAACGAAUUAAAUUUGCACCGAAUUUUAUUUCCCGAAGUAAUUUUACAAUCAAUUAUCACGCAAGAUAUGGAUGAUAUUCAAUAUCGGUAAAAACAAGGAGCAGCAUUUUUAACCAUGCCAAAGACAGUCCUAAGCCUGUUAAAAUGGGAAGGAAAAUGCUGGUCCAAACGCGCUGUUUAAAACUAAUAUUUUCUAGCCCAAACGGGCCUUUGCAGAUCGGUUCGAACGGGUCCUGUCCUUUACACCGGUCCUGUACCGUACGGCGGCAUGGUAAACGGACAUUUUUCGUACGGCAGCCCGUCGUUUGAUUUGCGUGCCGCGGAUACUUUGUGCGGAAUAGACAGGUCUAUCGCAAGUAAUUAUCAUUUAUCCGCCGUCGACAAAAUCCUAAAAGCUCCACUUAUAGACCAAUAG